CGAACCCUGAAGAGGGCAGGUGUUGGACGCUGUCACAGUGACUGUAACAGUCACACUUUCAGCAUCUCUAGAGUCUAGGCUCUGCAUUCUCGAUUAAUCCGGUCGCGGGGUUCAUACAGAACUUUUAUCACCACAACAGGAAGGGGAGAAUGGCGGCGAGCUCGCUUGGAAUGCUCCGGUGCGCGAAGGUGGUGGGAACAGCGCGGGUGCUCUCGGGAGACGCUUGCGAGAUGCGCAGGCCCGUUGCGGAGUGCUCAGCCACGCACCAGCGAGCAAGGAGGCGGCCAUCUGCGAGCGCUUUGGUGGUGCCUGGAUUUGCAGGAUUGCGCAGCUCUGCAGCAGGUGUGGUUGGGCGCCCCUGCGAAGACUUGAACGGCAAGCUGCACCAGACUGUGCAGACUGCCGUCCAUGCAAGCGCUCGAAGCGGAGGCAGCAGAAAAGGUCCCGUCACUAUGAUGCCGAUUGGCACUCCGAGGGUGCCGUACAGGACGCCCGGCGAAGGCGGCUGGCAGUGGGUUGACAUUUGGAACGUUCUGUACCGGGAGCGCAUUUUGUUCGUCGGCCAGGCUAUCGACGAAGAGUUCGGCAACCAGAUCAUCGCGACCAUGCUGUACCUGGACAGCUUGGACGACAAGCCGCAGGUGCUCUACAUCAACAGCCCGGGAGGCGAGAUCUCACCCGCGCUCGCGAUCUACGACACCAUGACGUCACUCAAGAGCCAAGUCGGGACGGUGGCGUUCGGGCACGCCUGGUCGAUCGCCGCGUUUCUGCUUGCCGCCGGGACGAAGGGCCGGCGGAGCGCCCUCCCUCGAGCUCGGAUCAUGCUGCACCAGCCGUCAGGCGCGGCCCGAGGCAAGGCGUCGGACAUCCAGAACGAGGCCCAAGAACUCAUCCGGACGAAGCAGUACCUUUUCAACGUACUAGCGGAAAAGACGGGAAAGCCAUACGAAGUGGUUGAGAAGGAUCUGAGCCGAGUAAAGUACCUAAACGUAGAGGAGGCUCAGGAGUACGGCAUCAUUGACAGGGUAAUCAGGCCCAGAAGGCAACGUCUGAUGCCGGAUCAGUAACUUGUUCGGAAGCACAGUGGCACAACUGAAAGAGGAUACUCGAAGGAGGAUAGGUAAACACUGCCAGAACUAAUUGGACCUGUUGAUACUCCAAAGGGGACAUGAUAAAAGUGCUAGAAGGAACCGCCUUCUCCUGCUUCCUUGUCCCCUGCUUACAGCAGCCUACCAUGUUGCACUUGUGGUUGUAAAUCGCUGCCUCUGCGGAGCUUAGACGGUGACAUUACUGUUGUCGUAUACGAACGUGCAACUUCAACAUGGUCUACAAGCGUCAUCGAUCGCCCCAGGCGACUCGACAAUCAAUCCUGUCUGAGCCCUUAAGAAACACAAGCGGGAUUCUCUUCACAGGAGCUUUUGAACCUGGCCUUUCUGCUUUAUGGAAGACUCAACAAUGGGCCUUGUUUUUGUAAUUCCAGCUUCUGGCAAGCAAUACAAGUCUGCGCAGUUGCAGCUAUGUGUGCUUGUCAUGCA